AUGGAAAAGCGUGCAGAAGAACGCGGGGCUGAUGAUGGACGUCAGCCAAAAAAGAUCAAGACGGAGCAUGUAGCAGACGAGGUUGAGAAUGUGAGCGGGAUGGGCGAGAGCAGUGAUGCGACGCUUGGCGCGGUAGCGUCACCACACGUGUCGUCAACACCGCCGUCUGCGCCUGCACAGCUUCCAGCGGCGCAGGAUGCGCGCAGUGCGCUCGGCACAAUGUCGCCGGGUAUGAGCAACUUGGAUCGCCUAGCAAAUAUUGCGGCGCAAACACAGCGUACCGAUGGUGCGAAUGUGAACCCGUUGCUGCACACGCCCACGAAUCCAAACCUCCCUCUCUCGCUGCAGCGCCUGCAAGCUGUGCGCAGUGCACACGGAUCGCCGAUGCAAGGCACGCCAUCCGGGAGCAAUCCCGGUCUGGCGCAGCCCAGCAUGGCGUCCUCCUACGAUAACCUCAUGGACGUGAUGGGCUUUUCCGGCGUGGACCUCCGCGCGGAGGAAGUCAUGAUUCAGCAGUCCAGCUCGCUCUGGGAAGACGCGAGCCAGUCGGCAGCGGCAGUAUUGAACGGUGCCGGGUCUGGGCAGGGCCUCUAUUUGAACAUAUACCCACUUUCCAGUAUGGUGCACCGCAUUGCACGGCAGUACGGACUCAAAGUCGACGCUGCGACGCUCGACUAUCUUAGUAUUGCGACCCGCAUGCGGUUCCGCAACUUGGUCGAGUCGAUGGUGCGUUCAUCGCGCCAUCGCACCAACUCGUCGCACCAAAGGAAACCGGUAAAAGACGCGAAUGGAAACCCCGCGUACCACGAAGUGCUCCUUUCCAACCCCGCCAAGCAGCUCGCUGCGAUUGAAAAGGCAGAUCGAAUCGACGAAGGGAAUUGGCGCAGGCUGCGCCUCGAGCGCGAAGAGGCCGAGGCCGCCGCACAAGAAGCGGCCAUUGCGGGCGAGGAAAAUGGCACCCCGCGCAACGAUGCACGCAAGUCUAAGCGACCCAGCACCUCGGGGCGUAAUUUGUCCGAGGACGUGCGCAAGAAACUCGCAGAUAGCACGGCGAUGCGGCACCUGGGCGCGAAUAGCAUCACGUCCAAGUACGCGUGGCUUCAGUCGCCGGGCAUGCGCACGUCGGGGCCGAAAUCCGUGCGGGAGAAGGAGGCGGGCGCGGAAAAGAGUACCGCGACGCCGAGCAGCAACUUGCCGAAACCGAAAUUCGCGCCGCAGCAAUCGACGCGUCUCGCACCGAGUCAUGUGCAUGCAGGCGCAUGGUCCGACGUCGCUGCUCGUCAAGCGGCACAACGCGAGCACGAGCGGAUGGCCAAGGCGCGUGUGACGCUACUGGAUGCGCUCGCUGCGUUGGAGCGCGAGCAGGCGGGCGGCGCUGGCCGUGGCUCGGGAAGUCGGGCAUUGUACCGAGCGCGUGCCUGGGGCAAAGGCCGCGGAUCGUAUUGA